UAGGCUCCGUUCCUCGCUUCCUCUCAGGUUCUGAUGGAAAGGUGCAGACGCUCAGGAAAUCGAUUAUGGUACUACCAUAACAGUCCUUUCCCAUGAGAAACUCACGAUGUAGUUGGAGAGACGAUAUAAAAGCAAACACUUUCAUUAAAUUGUUAAAAGCGCAUCAAUAAUAAAGGAACGCAAAUUUCAGAAAAAUAUGACCUAGUCUAAACGGAUCAAGGAAGAUUCCCUGCAGAGAUAUGAUCUAUCCUGGAGAAUGUUCCAUGAGCACUUGAGAAGAAAGUGUAUUCUGUUGUUUUUGGAUGGAAUGUCCUGUAAAUAUCAAAGGCUUAAAGGAUGGCCUCCUCAGAUCUGGAACAAUUAUGCUCUCAUAUUAAUGAAAAGAUUGGCAAUAUUAAAAAAACUCUGUCAUUAAGAAAUUGUGGGCAAGAACCUACCUUGAAGACUAUAUUAAAUAAAAUAGGAGAUGAGAUCAUUGUAGUAAAUGAACUUCUAAAUAAAUUGGAAUUGGAAAUUCAGUAUCAAGAACAAACCAACAGUUCACUCAAGGAACUCUUUGAAUGUCUUGAAGAAGAUUAUAAAGAUGUGGAACAUCUCAAAGAAAACAUUCCUCCCCAUUUGCCUCAAGUAACAGUAACCCAGAACUUUGUUAAUGGAUCAGAUCUUGACCCUGAAGAACCCGUCAAAGUUGAAGAAGCUGCACCCACAAAGAAGCCCUCCAAAGAACAAAAAAAUGUUAAAGAAAUGCCAUUUGUAACUUCUGAUGAGUUUAGUGGCAUUCCUGCGUACAUGAAAUCACGCUUAACCUAUUGUCAAAUUAAUGAUGUUAUUAAAGAAAUCAACAAGGCAGUAGUUAGUAAAUAUAAGAUCUUACAUCAACCAAAAAAGUCCAUGAGUUCUGUGGCCAGAAAUCUCUAUCACAGAUUUAUUGAUGAAGAAACGAAGGAAACCAAAGGCCAUUAUUUUGUAGUGGAAGCUGACAUAAAGGAGUUCACAGCUUUGAAAGUUGACAAGAGAUUUCACGUGAUACUGAAUAUUUUACGACACUGCCGGAGGCUAUCAGAGGUCCGAGGGGGAGGACUUACCCGAUAUGUUAUAACAUAAGGCCCUUGUGAGCUUUUGAACCAGCCAACAGUAGGGGAUAGAGGCUAUUCCUAUAGUUUCCUUAUAUGUAAUUUCUUUAUAUAUAAUUUCUUUAGCCGUUUCAUUUUCAUUUUCUUUGUUUCUUGUAAAAAUAAAACUUAAAAAUAAAUAAAGCAUGUAUAUUUUAAAAUCUA